AUGUGUCGAGCUUUUGCAACCACCCUUAAGGGUACCGCCAGAGACUGGUAUCGAACUCUUCGACCAGGAUCCAUUAGGUCCUUCCAAGAGAUGGAACAAAUGUUCACCGGCCACUUCCUUAGCAGCCGGAGAGUUGCUAAAACAACAGGUCAUCUCAUGAGUAUGGUGCAAGGGGAGCAGGAGACUCUAAAGAACUUCAUGCAUCGAUUCAACACAGCAACCCUAGAAAUCCGCAACUUAGACAUGGGGGUGGCUUUGGCCGCCUUGAUAACAGCUCUCAAACCCGGAAGCUUCUUAUACUCCCUAGGGAAAAAACCACCGGUGGAUAUGGGGGAGCUAAUGAUUCGAGCAGAGAAAUACAUAAACCUAGAGGAGAUGAUGGAUACGAGAGGAAGUCGCAUAGAGCGGAAAAGGAAAAACAAUAGCAGAGAAUCUGGAGACUCCUAUAGAUCCCUAAAAAGACAUGAGACUAGUGCGCUACAGACGGGCCCAAAGAUGAGAUGA